UCUGGACUCGAGUGGGUACUAAGCGUGUGAAUGUGCAUGUGUGGCCUAACAGGCUCCUUCACAGAUCCUCUCCAGCCAUGAAGGGCAGAACCACACACACACACACACACACACACUUGCACUGAAACACAGUUUGUGUAACGUGGAUUCGAGGAGAGGAGAGGAGAGGGGAGCCUCCUGCUCGGGAGGGGAAGCCUGGGGAAGGUCAGCUCUCUGAUUUCAGCAUGGAUGAACAGCAGAGGAGACUGGAGGAGAUGACACAGACUGGCAGUCACUCCCUCCCUCAGCACUGGCCGGUUUCCCACAUAUCCAACAUCAUUCCAGAGCUCAUGUGAAGGUAUUCCGGCCCGUUCCACUGCCACCUGCACAGCCGUAUUACUGUUUUGUACACAAAUUGCAUCAUGGGAAACAUAAUUCAAUGCUGUCAAACACUGUCACGCUUCUUUAAGUGUAAGGACACUCCGGCCCGGGGUGGCCCAGAAAGAUCCCCUCUGCUAUCCAGCGAAGAGAGUGACUGUUACUCGCCGGGCCUGCAGCACGACCCGGAGGACGACCUGUUGACCGUCUCCACAGGUGUGACAAACCCCUGCCUCGAACCAGGCCACUUCCUGUUUCCUGACAUCAUCCUGAGCAGCAGCCUGGGAGGGGACGUGACUCUGGUGGAGCCGAUGGUGUGUCUGCUGGUGUCUGAGGAGGAAGAGGGACGGGGUGGGGGAGCGAGGGUGUGCGAGCCAGGUGACGAAGCACAAGAGAGGAGCCACGCGGGGAGAAUCAGGGGGUAUUCUGAGGUCGAGACGCAGACGGAAAUGGAGACACAGAUGGGUACGGAGGUGCAGACUCAGACUGAGUCUCAGGCAGAAGUUCAGACACAAACAGAAAUGCAUGUGUGCGAUAAUGAGACUGUACAGAGAGAAGUUACGACGCAAAGGGGCACCACAAAAGAGACGGCUGUGGAUGCUGAGGAAAAACCUGAAAUGCCGAAACAGGUGGAUGUGCUCUUUGAGGUACAAACAGAAACAUCACGGGGGAGACCCUCUGAAAUUGCCACUAAUAAGCCAUCAGAUGAAGAAAGUAAAAGGAUACUGAGCUCGGGAACCUGGUCUCACAUAGAAACGUUUGCUGGGUUGGAGGAGUCCGGGCAGGUUGAAGAGAAUCACAUCCACGAGCAUUCAUUUCAAACAGAACAAAGUACAGAGCCAAAAGAGGAGGCGAGCGCCGAUGAAGUCUUUGAGUUGCAGCAGAAGAAUUCUGCUGACCAGGAACACGCAGACGUGGCCCCGACAGAGCACCACACUGACAAAGAAGGAAAUAUUCAGUGCACCUCAGCGAUGCGGACUGAACACGGGGCGGACAACACGGAGGAGAAGGAGCCAGAGAGGAAGUCAACAAAGUACGGCAUCGACAACAUGGAUGUUGUGGAGAACUUUGACCCUGCAGAGUGUCGGGUCGACGUGACACAGCAGAGCAGCCGGGAUGAUGAACCGAUGGCACGUGUGUCACGUCAAAGCGCGAAUGAAAAGGACCUUGACAUUAUCCACACGAAAACAAAAAUAGAUCUGUCUGAAGACCACACGGACCAGACAGCAGAUCCCCCCAUUUUAAACACCGAAGAGAUUCAAUGCCAGGAAAAGUUCCUCCCACCGGAGUGGGAGGAAGACGACGACCACCAGAGUGGUCCGCAGCAGGUUUUGGAGCUGGAUGCAGCUCCGUCACAGGCGGAGGCCGGCGGAGCUGAGAUGAAGCGAAUGACCUUGUUUUCAGUGGACAGGCUGUUUCUGGCUGCUCCGCAUGGCGCAGAAUUUUCAAAUCAAAAUGAAGAAAGCUCCAAGGCUGGCCGCCUGGAGCAGUGUGCUUCUGACAAAACGGAGCAGCUUAGCAUCCGGGACACAGUCGAUCUCCAAGAGGCGGGAUUUACUUUCAGAAUUCAACCUCCGGGAACAGAAAGCUUUGAGCUCCAGGUGUCAGGCCAGAUGUUAGUGGCGGAGCUGCACCAGGUGCUGAUGGAUCACGAGGUCACCUGCCAUCGCACACGCUUCUCCCUCCAGCUGGGAGGCGUCGUGCUCGACAGCCUCACCGAGCUGCGCUCCGUCCAGGGCAUCCAGGACGGGGCGCUGAUCAAGUUGGUGGAGGAUUCGUAUUCCGUGCGAGACGCUCGUCUCCAUCUCAGACAUGUCUGUGAUCUUCUGAGGAGCCUCGACCCCGCAGACGCGUACAACGGCGUGAACGGCAGCUCACUGUCUUACCUCACCUUUUACACCAGAGGAGACAAGGAUAGUGAAACAGUGGGGAAGAGGCGAGCUUCUGAAAAGGAGUCCGUUGACUGCAGGCCUCCAGAGUACGUCCUCCCUGGAUGUAAGGACCGACCACUCACUCCGCUGCAGCCCGUCAGAGAUGACUGGAAGCCAUUACAUUGCCUGCGGGUUCUGACCACGAGCAGCUGGAACCCUCCUCCAGGGAACAGGAAGAUGCACGGGGACUUGAUGUACCUCAAUGUCCUGACUAUGGAAGACAGGGAGCUCAACAUUACAUCGUCUACACGUGGCUUCUACCUCAACCAGUCAACUGCCUUCAACUUCAACCCAAAACCUGCAGCUCCCAAACUCCUGUGCCACUCUCUCGUUGAACUGCUGAGUCAUGUCAGUCCUGCUUUCAGGAAAAACUUCAGUGCCCUGCAGAAGAGAAGAGUCCAGCAACACCCUUACGAGCGCUUCGCAGCGCCGUUUCAGGUGUUCGCCUGGACGGCCCCUCAUGGAGAACACACCCUCGACUGUGUCCGAGCGGAGGACACACAAACCAGUCACCUGGGCCAGGACAAGCACACAGCCGGGCAGAGUCGGGAUUGGAAUGAGGAGCUGCAGGGAUGCAGGGAGCUCCCCAGGAACUCCCUUCAGGAGCGCCUGCACAGAGAGAGGAGCAUAUUUAAGACCAACAGUGACUUUGUUGCUGCCGCAACACAAGGUGCCGCCGCCAUUGUGGACGGUAACGUCGUGCCGAUAAACCCGGGCGAGGCGCCUCACAUGCAGAUGUUCAUCUGGAACAACCUCUUCUUCAGCUUGGGCUUUGACAUAUCUGAGCACUACCGCCCACUGGGGGGCAACACUGCUGCUCACGCUGCUGCCAUCUGCGACUUGAGAGGAGGACAGGCAUACGCGUCUGUCGACACAGACGGUCUCCACACACUUGGGACAGCUGUGGUGGAUUAUCGCGGCAUCCGUGUCAUCGCCCAGACGAUUGUUCCUGGGAUACUAGAGAAGAAUCAGGAGCAGAGUGUCGUGUACGGCUCGAAUGACUAUGGAGAAACCGUUUCCACGCACCCCAGGUUUCUGGAGCUACUGGAUAAAACCAGUAAACCACUGAGAAUCCAGCGUCACCAGGUGCUCGACCACAACAACAUCCCAGUUGAGCUCUGCUCCGGCGCCGAGACCAAAGGCAUCCUGGGUAACGACGGACGACCGUACAUCUUGGAUCUUCUGCGCACCUUUCCCCCUGACCUCAACUUCCAGUUCUCAGAGAGGCUGGAGACUGGGGAGGAGGUGCCAAAGGAGUGUCAGAGUUUCGGUUUCCCGCGGCGACAUCGUCACAGCCUGGCGAGCCUGAGACCGGAGCUGAUAGAGGCCUUCGUCCAGCACAGGUAUGAACUUUAUGUCAAGAUGGUGGCCCAGGGGCUCAGGCAAGUGGAAGAACAGGGUAAAGCUAAAGAGCAGAGUGAAGACCUGGUCUGUGAGCCGAGAACUGGAGACACAGCCGGCGCUGACAUGGAAUUUCAGAGACGAGAUGUGAUCGUGGAAGCGUGUAAGGCUGUUGGAUCAGUGAGUGACUCUUGCUUUGACAUCCGCUUCAAUCCCGAUGUUUGCUCCCCAGGUGUUCGUUUCGCACCUGAGUUUGUCGAGGACGUUCGGAGGCAGAGGAAGUUGUUGUGGGACGCGGCCGCUUUUCUUCUGUCCAAUCAGAUUCCAGCAGUGCUGAGGGACUGUCUCGACCACACAACAGUGCCGAUGGAUGGAGUGACCCUGACCUCAGUGCUACAUCAGCAGGGAGUGAACGUGAGAUACCUGGGCACCCUACUGAGGGAGCUGCACAGGGCGGAGGAGGGAGGGAGACUCGGCCACAUAGAGAGAAUUUCUAUCAGUGAAGUCAUCAUCAGAAGUGCAAAACACGUCUUCAAGACCUAUCUUCAGGAUGUGGAGCCCGCAGCUUUCUCUGCUGCUGUCAGUCACUUCCUGAACUGCCUCUUGAGUUCCUCCUCCUGCGUCCACGACUCCUGCUCAGAUGAGCUACACUCUCGCCGCAGGAGCCGACGUCGACGGAGCCAUGGGAGCCGGGUCGCCAUGGUGACGGAUAGCGUGUGGGCGAGGCUCACCCCCGGUGAGCUGUGGAGCAGGAUCAAGACUGAGGCCGGAGAUUAUUACCACUACACAAUUGAUAGUGAAAGUAUAGAUGAAGUGAUCGAAAAGCACGGCCUUCAGAGGAUCUCCCUGCUGAGAGAGAUCGCCAUCAAGACGGGCAUCCAGGUACAGCUGAGGGAGUAUGUGUUCGAGUCUCGACACAGGCCGGCGUUUGGUGAGGAAGAUGUCGUCAACAUGUUCCCUGUGGUCAAACAUCUCAGACCUACAGCGACGGAUGCUACACGGCUUGUGCAACACGCGCAGGUGGCAGUAAAGCAGGGGCUUCUCAAAGACGGCUGUGAGUUGAUCAGCCAGGCCCUGACUCUGUUCAGCAGCGUCUGCGGGGUCCUGCACGAGGACGUGUGCAUGUGCCUGCGUCUCCUGGGGCGGCUCAGCUACAUCUCGGGGGAAUUUGCAGAUGCUCUGAGCCACCAGGAAAAGGUUGUUAUGAGUAGUGAGAGAGUCCAAGGUAUUGACCAUCCACAGACCAUACAAGACUAUACUUACCUUGCUCUGUACUGCUGUGCUGGAGGCCAGCAUUGGACCGCCUUACAGCUGCUAUACCGCGCUCGCUACCUCACGCUGCUUGUGAGUGGAGAAGACCAUCCACAGGUGGCACUGCUGGAUAGUAUGCUGGGUCUAGUACUUCAUGGACUGAUGGAGUACGAGCUUUCCCUGAAGUUCCUACAGAAUGCCUUGAAUCUAACGUCAAAAUACCGCGGGGCCACGUCCCUGAGGCUUGCACACAGCCAUCAUCUGCUCGCCACCGUGUACGAGACCAAGGGAGAGUUUCGAUCUGCUCUGCAACACGAGAAAGAGGCUUAUUCAAUAUAUAAGAGCCAGGUCGGUGAGAACCAUGAGAGUGCGAAGCAAAGCUCAGAAUACCUGGAGAGCCUCACGCAGCAGGCCGUGGCCCUUCAGAAAGUCAUCAACCAUAUUUACAGUGACACGCCGAGUGCCUGUAUUCCACCUCCGAAGUUUUCCAAUCCGAGCCUUCAGGCAAUCCUUCAGCGGCUCAACAUGACAUGUGGAAUCGUUCUCAUUCCCCUCAGUGCAAAAUAAGUUGAAGACCUGGACACUGGGAUGAAAGGAAAGGAUAAGGUUCAAGUGGAAGAGCUGGGAAGUUAUUAAAGCAUAAAGACUUCAGAGCUGCAGACAAUGGACAACAAAACUGAAACAUGUACUAAAGGAGCCGCUAAUUACAUUCAUUAGAACAUUGUGUAUUUUGUCAGACUUCUGAAAAUGACCACGGGCAAUGAGCAGCAAUUGGAAAUGAAAGCAAGGCACAUUGCUGCUGUUAAUAAGAAGGUUAGACUACUUUGGACAACAACUUUGGACACUUGAAAUAUAUGGAAUCUGUGAAUGAAGCUGGGCAACACAGUGGUGCAGUGGUUAGCACUGUCAGCAAGAAGGUUCCACCCUGAUGGCACAACUGGCCUUUCUGUGUCAAGUCUGCAUAUUAUUGUGUGUGUGCGUGUGUGUGUUUGUGUGUGUGUGUGUGUGUGUGUGUUCUCUGGAGAAAACCUGCAAUUAAGUUUAAUUGCAGUCUAUAAAUUGCCUGAUGGCGUGAAUGGUUGUGUUCACUGUGAGUUUGUUUUUUUUUUCAAAUAUGUAUAUCACUCCUCCUUUUUGUCAGAAACAUGCAUUUACCCUACACUCUGUAUUAGUAUUAAUAAUCAGUGUAUUAAAGUCAGGAUACUGAAAGUGUACAUCAGAGAACUAAAAUGUCAUACUGUGACGUGUUGUGUCCUUGCAAUCCCCUGUGUGUCCACUGGGUUUCACACUUGAGCCAUGAACGCAUUUUUGCAGUUGAGUUUAGUGAAAUUAGCAAUAAGUCAAAUUAGGGAAAGUCUUCCUAAAAGUCUCUGGAUCAAAGCAUUAGCCCACAGUUUGAAGUGGAAUUGCAGUUAGUUGGUUCACUGAGAAAAUUAGGCUGUAUUGACUGUGAACUCUCAUUUUAGAUAUUGACCAAAAUUACUUAUAUUUCAAUGUAUUGCUUAGAAUUGUUGAUGUGACAAUGUACCCAUCUAUAGUAGGAGUAAGAUUAUUAUUAUCAUUGGUCAUAGUUUCCUGGGAGUUGUUUCAUUAUAAUGGAGCAGCUGCAAGAUUUGCCAACAUCACUCGAGUCUGUCCUGCUGCUGCUGCUGCUCAUUUCAAGAGAGAAACGGGUUGACAAAUAAAGUUGAUUGAAUUCAAACUUGACUACAUUGUAAUAGUGAUAAUAAUGAUGACGUCUGAAUAACCUGAUCAUUGGUGUCCCACUCCCCUCACUCCUGGACACCGACGAAACCCGCCUCACCCGCAAAGCAACCAGCAUUGUAGUUGACCCUAGCCACCCCUCACACAGCCUCUUCAGCCUCCUGCCACCUGGGAUAAGGUACCAGAGCCUCCGAGCCUGUUCCACCAGACUGGCAAACAGUUUCAUUCAUCAGGCUGUCAGGGAAGCUCAACACUCUCCCUUCCCUCCCUCCCCUCCCCUCUGCCCCCAAGAACUCUGGACUCUGAACA